UAGCAAAAUUUUGCUUGUGUUGAGAAAUGAGAGCGAACGAACAGUAUGGAGUGUACAAGUAUCGGUUGAAGCAGCGGUUAUAUGCAAAACAAGGUACUAGAAAAAGGGUACAACACCUAUGUUGUCGUUUUGGCAUUUUAGAUUCCAAUCCUUUCUUCCUUAACAUUCCGUGCUUUUGCAUUCGGCCAAGUUUCUUCUUUCCUCCUAUUUUCCUCUUUCUCUUUCAAUUUCCCUUUUCACUUUCCACGAUUCACAAUGGGUCUCUGGGAUUCCUUCCUCAAUUGGCUCCGAAGUUUAUUUUUUAAACAGGAGAUGGAACUUUCCCUUGUGGGGCUUCAGAAUGCUGGGAAGACUUCUCUUGUUAAUUCAAUUGCUACUGGAGGAUACAGUGAAGAUAUGAUUCCAACUGUUGGGUUCAACAUGCGAAAAGUUACGAAGGGAAAUGUCACAAUAAAGCUUUGGGACCUUGGUGGACAGAGGAGGUUUCGAACAAUGUGGGAGCGUUACUGCCGUGGUGUCUCAGCUAUUGUGUAUGUUGUAGAUGCUGCUGAUAGAGACGGUGUUCCAAUAUCUCGAAGUGAGUUACAUGAGCUAUUGACGAAACCUUCUUUGAGUGGGAUUCCUUUGCUUGUUCUUGGAAACAAAAUUGACAAGUCAGAAGCUCUUUCUAAGCAAGCAUUGGUAGAUCAGCUAGGACUUGAGUCAAUCAAAGACAGAGAGGUUUGCUGCUAUAUGAUUUCAUGCAAGGACUCAGUAAACAUAGAUGUGGUCAUUGACUGGCUGAUCAAACACUCAAGAACUGCAAAAUAAUCCUUGGUUUGACCAGUAUUUCAUUUUUGGUCAACGGUGCAAGGUGUUAAAGAAAUUCCUUCUUGGUAGAAUACACUUUCCUUAAUUUUAGUUGUGGUUCACGUGUGUCUGUACAGUAAUCAAACAUGGUCAAAUCUUUCAUGCAAUGUUUUUAUGUUCAGUAAACCGAUUACUUGGCCUUGUACAAUUUUCUUAUGGUUUCUAUCCAUAAUAAGAUACAAGCCCAGGAGCUUUAUUUGUUUUAAAAAUUGAACACUAUUGGAUCCAUAUAUGAUGGGAAAACAAAAGCUUUAUC